AUGGCAUCCAAACAAGAUAUUCAAGUAGCGUCUCUUGCUGCUGGUUUCACAUUGGGCUUUGGUUUCUUGACUGUCUGGAAGGCCAUUCAGCAGACUGUCAGAAACAGACGACCAUGGAAGAGCGUUUAUGUUUACAUGAUCUGGGGCGAGAUUAUUGCCAACCUUGCUAUUGGCGUUAUUGGGUGGAUUUUCCUUGACGGUCUUUUAUCCCCAACUGUUCCUGUGCUCUUCUUCAUCUUAUUUCUCUGGGUGUUUGAAAUCCAGCUGCUGAUGCAAAUCAUUGUCAAUCGUAUUGCAAUCAUCGCAGAACACCAAAGCACAGUGAGGAAAUUGAAAUGGGGGACAGCGUUCAUUAUCACCUGCAUCAAUAUUGCAGUCUUUUGCAUCUGGAUUCCGUCCCAUAUCGUACCUCCAGCAAGCGAACUAUAUGUCAAAAUCAACGAUGUCUGGGAUCGAAUUUCCAAGAUUCUCAUCUUGUUGGUCGACGCAGGACUCAACUACUACUUCCUGCGAACGGUCAAGAGACGCCUCGUAUUGCGACAUGGUUUGACCAAAUACGCACCUUUGGUCUCUUUCAACGCCAGACUGAUGGUAGUCUCGAUUCUUAUGGAUGCUAUGCUCAUCGGUCUCAUGUCAUUGCCCAACCAAGUCGUAUACAUCCAGUUUCAUCCCGUCACGUAUAUGGUCAAGCUGAAUAUCGAAAUGAGCAUGGCGGAUCUCAUCACAAAGCUGGCUAGAGGAGAGAAUUCAGAUACCCGUCUACCUAGCACAUCAAACCAUAGAACCAUAACCCACGACGAGCCCGACGAAACCACCCGCUCGAAGCCGUACGCUCUGCAUACCAUCAACAAACCCAAACCAGAGGACUCUUCGUCUGAAGAUUUGGCUCAGCUUGGGGUUACCAAGGUCAUCAGUCCUCACGGAAAUCUCGACCGGGGCAUUCAAGUGGAAACGGUCAUUACAUCACGAAGCACCACCCGUAACAGCAGGGGCGAACACGACAGAAACCCGGCAAGACCCUUUGACGCGGAUGAUGAAUACCCCUUGGCCCAUAAUGGUUCUGAUGAUGGAAUAAGACACAUGCAAUACUAA